AUGAUGGCUGGCAACUUGUGGAGAACAUGGCCAUAUCAACAGAAUGCUAUGGAGAGCACUAUGAAAGUACAGAUGGAGCUCGACCGCGCACUCGAUCGAGCUGGACGCUCAGAUGAGAAAAGACAUGCUUGCACUCAACUCGAAGUUGGACAAACUGAUCCUAGCCCAAUUCCCUGCCAAGCAUGUCAACUAUGUCUCAGAACAAACCUAGUCAAGGACCAGGAAGGGGAGGAGACAACACAAGAGUGCAUCAUCCUCUUCACCACAAGAGUAUGCCCAAGCAGUUACACUAAGAAGUGGGACAAUUCCAAGCAGAGAGGUAGCCCACCCCAAAUCGCUGUGGACAUCGAUGACGAGGAAGGGGAGGAUUUAGUCGAGUAUGCUGAUAACUCGACCCCGAACUCGAUCGAGCUGGAACAAAACCCUGAACCAGAACUCGAUCGAGCUGGAGAAACCGAGACUGCAAGACAAACCAGAGCUCGAUCGAGCUGA